GUCUCUAAAGUGAACGGGCUGACGCGGACGGGCUCCGCACAAGGUGUCGGUGGUGCCAGAAAGAGCCGCGACUUCCGGCUGCCGUCCAAAACUGUGAAGAAGUACACAGCCACCGUGUCCAAGGGCCACGUCACUUACACCAAAGCCAAACAGAAAGAACUGGGCAAGAAAACCAAACUCAGCAGCAGCAACAAACACAACAGCGCCGCCUCGGCACCGUCGUCAGCGAACAAUCACAAUCAGCACAGCCAGUCAGCAGCCAGCAACGGGCUGGCCAACUCAGGAAAAGCAGCGGCACCAGCCCACCACAGCAAUGCAAAAACCCGCAAACAGGUGCUACUAUCCAAUGGGCUGCACAGCGUUGCCACCGGCGUCCGCCUCAACGGGAGGCUUAACGGGCUGCGGCACAACACCCCGGCCAAGGAGGACGGGCAGAGACAGUGCCAGCAGAGCCACGGGGAGUACACAGGUCGAGAGGGACUGCGUAACUCCAAGCGGCGUCUUGAGGUUGUGCUCAGCUCAGCGGGGACAGGUGUUGUAGAGCAGAAAGCCAAAACCACUGGCACUGAGGCCAAGAAGGCCAAACUUCAGUCGGCUCCUCUGGAGACGCGCAGCAGCAGCAAGAAGGUGGCCAAUCAUGAGAAAUUCGCCACACAUGCUACCACCCCUACCACUCCAGUUUCUAAUGGACAUGAAUCAGAAAUGCCCCCUUCUCCCAAACAAGCUCCACCUGUUACCCCUCCUCCGACUCCCCCUCCUUCAUCUACACCAGCAGCCAAUACGGAGCCGGUGAACCAGCGACCCAAGCGGGCAUCGGCUGGCAAGCUGAUGUUGAUACGACAAGCACAGCAGCAGCAGAGCAGGUUUUACAGUCGCAACUCCUCCUCCUCGUCCCCCUCAGCCGGCCAGAAUCAACCACAGAACCCCAGUCGUUCCAGCACUACCUCAGACCCCCAGCAAACCUCUGUGUCCGCCUCCUCCACCACCACUUCUCUGCUUGCAACCACCAACAGCCCCGGACAGCUCAAACCAGCAGCGAUGCGGCCCGCUGAGCGCGACAAAGAGUGGGAAUGCGAGAAAGAGAUGGCGCGCCAGAAAGAACACGAGCAGGAGAAAGAAUGGGAGCGCCAGAGGAGCAGGCCAGAGGGCUGGGCGGCGCUCGGCGAAGUUCCCGUCUUCCGGCCAGCCCCGAGGGAGUUCCAGGACCCCUUGGUGUACUUGGACGCGGUGAGGGAACAGGCCGAGGCAUCUGGCAUGUGCCGCGUGGUGCCGCCCACAGACUGGCGGCCCGAGUGCAAGCUCAGCGAGGAGAUGCGUUUUGUUACACAGGUGCAGAGGGUCCACAUGCUGGGCCGGCGCUGGGGCCCCAACGUGCAGCGUCUGGCCUGCAUCCGCAAGCACCUCAAAUCUCAGGGCAUUACCAUGGACGAGCCACCGGUCAUUGGUGGCUGUGAAGUGGACCUGUCACGUUUUUUCCAGCUCAUCAACGACAUGGGCGGCAUGCAGCAGGUGAUGGACCUGAAGAAGUGGACCAAGCUGGCCGACCUCCUGCGCAUCCCUAAGUCAGCGCAGGACCGGCUCGCCAAGCUGCAGGAGGCGUACCUCCAGUACAUCCUCUCCUAUGACUCGCUCAGCGCUGACGAGCGCCUCGGACUGCAGGCCGAGGUGCUGCAGGAGAAAAAGAAGCUGGAGGGACGCCGGGGGCCUCUAGAGGGUCUUUUGGACUCCUCGGCACCUAGUGCCCUGGUCUUGCCACGCUACGAGCCCAAGAACGGGCUAGCAGGUGGGAUAGUGGGAGGGCCCACGGGGAACCAGCGCACCAAUGGAGUGUAUCACCAUCUGAAGGAGCUGGAGGCUCAGGUCAAAGCGGGCCGGCGCCGGCUCUUCGCUCAGGAAAAACAAGGCAAAGAGGACAAGCAGCAUGGAGAGGAGCAGGAGGAGGAGGACAGGGGCGUUCUCAAUGACCAGCACAAAUGUAUUUACAAGGGGAAAUCUGUGUCUUUGACGAACUUCUUCAGGAUAGCCCGGAACACCAUGACCAUGUGCUUUAACAAGGAACCGGGCGCUGCUGAGGUUGAGCAAGAGUACUGGAGUAUUGUGGAGCAUAGAGACAGCCACGUGGCAGUGCAUUGUGGGAAGGUGGACACCAGUACACACGGAAGUGGUUUCCCCACAGGAAAGUCAGAGCCAUUUUCAAAACAUGGAUGGAACCUCACUGUCCUCCCCAAUAACUCUGGAUCCAUUCUGAGGCAUCUGGGAGCUGUGCCUGGGGUGACUAUUCCCUGGCUAAACAUUGGCAUGGUAUUUUCUACCUCAUGCUGGUCUCGAGACCAAAAUCGCCUUCCAUAUAUCGAUUAUUUACACACUGGUGCUGAUUGCAUUUGGUAUUCUGUCCCUGCUGAGGAGAAGGCUAAGCUGGACAAGGUGGUCCAUACACUGCUUCAGGCCAAUGGUACCCCAGGACUAGAGAUGUUGGAAAAGAACAUCAUGAUCUCUCCAGAGGUGCUGUGCCGUGAAGGUAUCAAGGUUCACCGUACGGUCCAGCGGAGCGGCCAGUUUGUGGUCUGCUUCCCCGGUGCCUUCGUCUCUAAGGUGUGCUGUGGCUACAGCGUGUCGGAGACCGUACACUUUGCCACGCCGCACUGGAUGAACCUGGGUUACCAGGCUUCAAAGGACCUGAAAUGUCGUCGCAUAGCCAAACCCUUCUCCAUGGAGAAGCUACUGUACCAGAUCGCCACGGCCGAGUCGAAGAGGGACAACGGCCUUCUCCUCACCACCAUCUCCUCCCUACUCAAAGAUCUCAGGAACAUAGAGAUGCAUCAACGGCAGGAACUUUACAAGGCAGGUUUGCUCUCCUCCGCUCGCUACGGCACGCACGACGGCAGCCUCGGGCCUGGCGAGGGACGCAAGAAGCCCCGCGGGAAGUGGCUGGCACUGGAAUCUUCAGAGAGACGCUGCCAGAUCUGUCAGCAUCUCUGCUACUUGUCCAUGGUGGUUCAGGAGACGGAGAACGUGGUGUUCUGUCUGGAGUGUGCGCUGCGCUAUGUGGAGAAGCACAAGUCCUGCAGAGGCCUUAAGAUGAUGUACCGAUACGAUGAGGAGCAAAUCAACAGUUUGGUGAACCAGGUGUGCGGCCGGGCCCUGUUAAAAAACAGCAGAGGCGUCGGUGGGGGGGUCGUGGUCAGCGGAGUAGGAGGGGACCCCUGUCUCGGCUUGAGCCCCGCCAAAGCAUCGCCGGCCAAGCGUGGCCCCAGGAAGCGCGCCACUGUGGAGGUCUCCCUGUCUCGUCUGUCCUCCAGCCACAUACCCAAGGCUGCAGCCGUGUCCUGAGGCGGGCGCCUACGACAUGGCCGCCCCGUGCGCUGUGUCCACGCCCUGCCCCUUUACACCCUUUUUUUUAAAACCUAAAGCAGGAUCACUAUCAAUCCCUCCUCCACCGCUCCGAUAUUUAAAUCGAUUGUUUUUGAGCUUUGGAAAUCCCCUCAUCCCAAAAAAAAAUUCACCUCCCCCCUUAGUACGACAGGCUUGUUUAUAUAAAAGAAAAGAGAGAAAAGAAAAAAAAGAAUAACAAGUUGUCUUUUUUGCACUAGUGUGAAAGAAGAAUUUGUUUUUAUUCUGGAUGAUUUUAUCCCCCCUCCCCCGCCCCGCCUGAACUCGUCCUCAGCUGCAUCACGAGCAUUAAGUUCACAAGAAGACUCGAUGCGUCCCCUCACCCUCCCUUCACCUUUUUCCUGCAUCCCCUCUUUUCCUCCGGAGACGGAACCCUCCGGAGGCCCCAUCCCUUCUCAUCGCGCAUCACUCGACUGUGAACGUGGGACGAAUGAUAAGGUGGCCUUUUUUUUUUUCCCUCCCUGGUUUUUUCUGAUAUGAAAAUGAUAUCAAGUAGUUGCCCAAAGUUUCUCUCUGUCCUCGCUCUGAGGAAGAAGAGUCCUUUCUUCAUUGAUUUUAGUCGUGAUGCAGCUCCUGCAUUGUGUGUUUUUGUUUUUAAAGGGGUGUUGGUGACGCGAGGUCAAAACUUGAAAGACGAUGAUGUUGGUUUAUUGUUGGUCGGCUUUUGUUUUUUCCAGUUCUAUUUUGAAUUUUAGCUUUGUUUUCUCUAGUUUUUUUUGCGAGAAGUCUUCUGUGUUUUGUUUUUUUUUUUGUCGUCAUUGUGGAUGUUUCUCUUCGUUGGUGGACGUUAGAGAGGGGGGGGGCAGAGCUACAGCUGCUUUGACCUGUGAAGGGUCACCACUCACCUCACUUCCUGGUCGCAUGGAGGGAUCCCUCCUUCGCUAGCGAGUGAAAACCGUGCCUGAUACUUAGCGAGGAGAUCCAUUUUUAUUGGUGCUGUUGGUUAUCAUUACUGUAUAACAACACAAAAAUUUAAAAUCUGGGGGUCGGCGACGCCUGCUGUCGGCAAACGGCUCGCUCACGCACCCCCGCCCCACAGGGCAGGAAAGCUUUUCAGGCUUUUCUGGUUCUAGAUGUGCAAUCGUGUUAACAUUCCAUUCUUCCAGUCCUCUUGUUUCAUCUGUACCAGUAAACAUUAAUUAUUAUAUUAUAUUAUUAUUAUUAUUGUGUUCUUUUUUUUCUACUUUUGUUGAAUCUGAUGUGUUAUCUCAAGUAGAGCCACUAGUCAACGAGUGUUAAAUGUGAAAUAUCGAAUCCAAGUUUUUUUUUUUUCUUUAAUUGUCUUUUUUGGGGUUUUUUUGGCUUUUGAAUUUGUUCCCUUUUCCAGAUAUAUUCUGAGUGAUUUUUUCUUUUUUUAGAGAGAUAAGAGAAAGUCCAACACAAACAAAACAUCAACUUUUUUUGUACAUAAUCCUGUAAAUUUCUUUAAAUACUUGAGCCUUUUUCUGGGGUUAAGGAAGAAAGAAAAGAAGGAAGGAAGGAAUAAAAGAGGAGACAAAGUUCCAGAGGAGUGCGCUCGAUGAAGAAAAAGCCUUACAUUUUCCCUUUCUUCAUCCGUGUGAGUUUGAUGCUUACAGGGUUGCUCUGGUAAACGUGUAUAAAAUUUUUAAGUGCUGCUUAUAUCACUAAGAAAGAAGAUAUUGAGUAGCCGACGACUGCCCCCCCAACCUAGUUUUGUUUGUUUAGCUUUACUUUUUUAAAGAAAAGGGAAAAAAAGAUAUGUUCACUAAAAAAAAAAUGGGUUUUUACAUUUUCAUUACUGAAAAUUCAACAAAAAUGUAGUAGCUACUCAUGUUGCACUGAGCUUGCCAGUGGUGACUGUCAAGGAAAAAUCCUAUAAUCCAGUUUGUUGGUUGUCGUUCCCUCGCAGAAGACUGAACUGUUUUAGGACUAUUUAAUGAAAUACCAAGUCGGGUGUUUUCAACAUAAAAAAGUGGUUGUCAAGUUUUUAUGGCCUUACAAUAUAUUUUAUUCUGGGAUUUUCUUUUUUUUUGUUUGUUUCUCAGUUUUUAUUGAUUUUUUUGGUUUCUUCCAUUUUCUACAGUAUAAAAUACUUGCUCACAGUGGGGUCUCUGGUGACUUAAUUUAUUAGUGCCGCAUCUCGGCCUUUCCCUCCACUCGGAAAGAGAGUCUCAUGUUGGUUAUAUUGACAGUUUUUUACUUUUGCAGUUUGUACUUAAGGUUUAAUAAAAACUUACAGACAAUUCACUGUCA